CUCGCUCGGCCCCUCUUCCCCCCCCCCCCGCCGCCAUGUUCCUUUCCGCCCUGCUCCUGGGCACCCGCAUCCCCGGGAAGCAGUGGAUCGGCAAGCACCGGCGUCCGCGCUACGUGAACGCCGGCAUGAAGGGGCGGAUGGUGCGGCGCCUGGAGAUCGAGGCGGAGAACGAGUACUGGCUGGGGCAGCCCUACAUGAGCCGCGAGCAGGAGUACGGACACGCCGCCGCCCGCAAGCGGGAGGCCUUCGAGGCCCUCAAGGCCGCCCGGGCCGCAAACUUUCCCCCGCACCGCUUCGUGGCCGACCAGCUCGACCACCUCAACGUCACCAAGAAGUGGACCGUCUCCUGAGCCGGCCCGGGGCGACAGACGCCGCGCUCCACGCUCCCCAUCACCUGCGUGAGGACUGGACAUUGGGGAACCCCGUGAGACUGUGGGAAGGAAACGUUCAAUAAAACCGUAAACCGGA